AGCGUGUUAUUUCAUAUGAAUAACGUCCAACAUUCGAAUAAUGAGUGGGCUGCUAACUGUAUUUGUUUUUGUUUGUCGCUCCAGUUUAUUAGUAGCACUUUUGACUUUUUAGGUUACAAUAUUAUUUAAUUGAUAAAUGAGUCAUGUCAGUUCUAAAUUAUUAAGAUUUUAAAAUUGUUUUAUUGAGCGUUAUUUGUUAUUACAGCUGGUAAAUUGAAACCAUCGAAUUAUGUUAUCCAAUGACUUACCAAUGAUUGACUGUUGGGCUACUUUUUCACUAUGUUGAACUGGUCACAUUAUUUUAUCUGGGGAGUGGCCAUAGGACGGGGAUCAUCAACUAGAUUCAGCGGCGCGGACGAUUUUCUUAUUCAGCGGAUGAUCAGGGCGAAUGGGAUGGUGAUGGACCAGUGUGGCUCCUAUCUGAAGAGGAGGAGACAUGACAGUAAGCAGUCGUCCCCAGGCUGCAGCCUGGAGUACACAGACCUGGAGGCUGCAGAGGCUCUGGUCUGCAUGAGCUCCUGGGGCCAACACCGCCCCAGCCCCUGCAAGCCCAGACCCCUUAGCCCUGCCUCAGACUCCUGCGACUCCCUCCUGCCUCCGGACCCACUGGAGCCCCCAAAGGACUUUGUUUCGCUCUCCUCCUUGUGUAUGACUCCCCCACACAGCCCCAGCUUUUCUGAGACCUCCACCACAAUCCACACCAUCACCUCCCCUCUGAGCCGGCCCACCUCCAGUCUCUCUGUAAGGAUCUGUGGGGUCCUGCGACCGCCCAUGGCGUCCAUCUCAGAGUCCCCAACCAAUGGAAAGACCCCACCACUGCCACCCUGCAGAGCCAUGGCAACCAGUGUCAUCCGCCACACCGCAGACACAUACCUCUGCCAGAACAUUCCAGCACCUUCCACAGAGCAACACAGAGCCUCCGAGCUGGUGGUCUGUCAACAGCACACAGCAAAGGCUGAACAGAGCAUCACUCCUCCACCUCCAUCGGUCCCCUUCACACCCAACCCCGCCCUCCUCUCCUCCUGCAAGGAAGCGCCAGACAAGACUGAGAAGGAAGAGCCACAGGCUAUCUACUGUAAGGAGAGCCACUCCCACCUUCCUGCUAACACCCAACCACAAAAUAGCCUGCCCACAUGCCUCUCCCCGCCCCCCACCUCCAGCCCGCCAAUCAUCUGCCAGAUGUUCCCGGUGAGUAACCAAUCGGGGAUGAUCUCGGCGUUCAUCCAGGGCCCGAUGCAGACCUCGAGGACCCCCAAAUCCAUCCUGCCCCAGUCUGGUCCUAACAGGACACUGCAGCAGCCCUUCCUCAUGGGCCAGGCUAUGCCCCAGGGCACGGUGAUGCUGGUUCUCCCCCAGUCCCACGUCUCUCAGGCCCCCCACUGCUCCCCACAGACUGUCAUGACCCUGGGCCACACUAAGCUGCUACCUCUGGCCCCCGCCCCGGUCUACGUGCCCACCGGACCCUGCGGCGCCACCAAGAUGGACUUCUCCCGCCGGAGGAACUAUGUGUGCAACUUCUCCGGCUGCAGGAAGACCUACUUCAAGAGCUCCCACCUUAAGGCACACCUCCGAACACACACAGGUGAGAAGCCCUUCAGUUGCAGUUGGGAGGGCUGCGACAAGAAGUUUGCACGCUCCGACGAGCUCUCGCGCCACAGGCGGACCCACACGGGCGAGAAGAAGUUUGUGUGCCCCGUGUGCGACAGGCGCUUCAUGCGCAGCGACCACCUGACCAAACACGCCCGCCGUCACAUGACCACCAAGAAGAUCCCCUCCUGGCAGGCCGAGGUGCGCAGCCUCAACAAAAUGGCCGUUCCCAAGCCGCCGCCGUCAAACCCCGCCCCACUCUCCCUCAGUAUGCUGGUACCUGCCUCAAACUAGACUGAGCCCAACACUACCCACUAGUGACAUCUUACCCAAAACCCCCAAACCAUGACAGGGAUAGGGACAGCCAAGCGCACAAGGCUGCCAUUUUACUCAUGGACAUUUUCUAAAGACAUGCACUGGACUCUUUUUUUUCCCUCUACUGCUCAUUUUUUGUUGUUGAAGAAAAGCUUUUUUUUUUGUUUACUUUUCAGAUAUUUUAUGAAAUUAUGUAUGCACUCUUUUGCCAAAGCCUUUGUAAUGAAGUUUGUCUUACCCAUUUCACCUGUCUUUUUUUGUAUGUAUAGUUGUACAUAAUAUCUAUGUGAAUGUAUUCCUAUUGUACUCUGAACUGCAUUUAUUAAUUUUGGGAAAUGUUGUAAUUUGUAAAACAAUCUACGUGGAUAGUAAUCUAUACUGUGAUAAUUACUUACUCUUUAACUUUUCAUAUUAUUUAAUACAGAUUUAUAAUAAAGAAAAAGAUGAUUAACUGG